GGCGUCUAAGGUCUUCCAUCUCGCAUGAUUCUUAUAUUAUUGAUAUUGCGUUUCCACUAAGUAAUUUUGAUAGUGUUGAAGUCGAUUUUCAUGUUGAAUAUUUGCUCAUUGGGGUAAAUGAACUUGGAAGAUGAAUUCGUGCCGGCAAGAAGUCUUGACGUUUGCGGAAUAAAAGGUAUCCGGUAACCGACCAGGUAACAGAGUUCGUUCAAACUCUAGUCUCGCGAGUAGUGUGCGUCACCACAGCAUUCUGGAUAUAUAAUCUUCAGCUCCCUUAUCGAGGUCUCUGCAGGAGGUGAGCCACGCAGAAAAGAACGGUGGACCAGGAGGAACAUAAAGAAACAGUAGGAGGUCAGGAGAACAGGAGACCGGAGGAACAAAACUAGAACCGACAGAACAGGAGAGAGAAAAAAAUAGAACAGAAGAACCGGUUCUCAGAGAGGGAGGCCGACAGAAGGAGAGAAUAACCGCCGGGUGAUUCGAGGAGAACCAGGAGGAGAACAGAACCGCCACCAUGAAGAACUGCUGGUCGCCCUGGUUCUACUACGACAACGUGAAGAGCGGCAGCAAGGCGUGCGCCGCCACCACCAUCUUCUUCAGCGUGUUCUCCAUCAUCUACAUCUGCUACUGCCUCGACGAAGGGGACUCCUCGCAGUUCUUCCUGCCGCUGUUCGAGACCGACGUCGAUACCACCAUGAAGUCGGCGGGCGGCUUCAUGAUCUUCUUCUACCUAGUGUACAUCUCCUUAUCCAUCCUCAUGAUCCGCGGAGUCGUGAAGGAUCACCGAGGCAUGAUUCUGCCGUGGCUCACCCAGAACCUCAUCUACAUCCUCAUGAUAAUUGCUUUCGCGCUGUGGCUCCAGGCGUCCUACUAUCAUUACCUGAUGUCGGUCUUGUGGACGCUGAUAUACUUGCUCUUCGCAGCUGCUCAUGUGUACAUGCACAGGUGCGUCAAGAGCCAGUACGACGUCAUCAAGAGCAUGCACGCGCCCAACAUCGUGCAGUUGGUGUGAGUACGCGCGGACGGAUGGCGAUGUGACCAGUCGCAGAGAAGCUUGCCUCCGGGGCUCAGGUGGGCUACGCGGAGGAACUUCUGUAGGGGAACAAAGCAACACAAGAACAAGAGAACAGAUUCACCCGGCAAAGUCAUCGUCCUUGGUGGUUUCUUCCAGUCGGGAAUGUGCGUUGUUUUCGAAGUGUUUUCGCGGUGUAACUGUUUGUUGUUAGAGAGAGAGAGAGAGAGAGAGAGAGAGAGAGAGAGAGAGAGAGAGAGAGAGAGAGAGAGAGAGAGAGAGAGAGAGAGAGAGAGAGGGGGGGGGGGGGGUCGCACUUGUUAAAUCAAAUAAAGUGCUUAUGUUGUGAAGCGGCUGUUGUGAAACUUACAUUCCAGACGAAAAUAAGUGUAUAAUUAAAAGACACAAAAAGAGGAUAGCUCAUUUUGUUUUUGAAAAUAAAUAAAGAAUAAGUAGAGCCCAAAUACAAGUUGAGAUUAAAAAAGGGGCCUGCGACAUCCGUGACAAGCACCAGGUAUUGCCGUCUUCAGGCGUCCCAGAAUAGCUUUAUUGAUGACCAGACUACGCACAGCCUAAAGCGGCAUCUGGAGGAGGACAUGAUAACCUUACGAGAGUAAAUAGAAUCAUCGCAAAAUAGACAUUACAAACGAGAAGAAAAACGAAGCCGACCAAAUACAAAUCAGCUGAGUGAACGUCAACUUGCAACAACUCUUGCUUUCGGGAUACCAUUGUGCUGGGGUGGUGACGUGCUUUUAAGGCGCUGCACAUGCAAUACGAGGGAGGGUUGCGUCUCCAGGUGUACUGUUUAUUUUCUCUUCUGACAGCUUCAGUAGCAUGUCCCGUCCAAGCAAUUCUUUAUUUUUCUUCCCUUAUUCAUUUGCUUUUUGUCUUUGUCUUGAAUAUCUUCAAUAGAAUCUCAGGCUAAUUUUAACUUGUCGCCUUUCAGGAAAAAAAAAAAAUAUUCAGAAAUGACUGCUUACACUGAAUGUCUACAGGUGAUAUAACACAGAUUCCGUCCUUAAGAAGUACAUCUGCAAAGCUCAGCCAAGAUGCCAAACGUCGAUAGCUCAAAAGAUGUUUUUUGUUUCUCACUUUUUAAUAAUGCAUUUCGACCGUUUCUAGAAUGUUCCAGGUCGCCGUCUUGGGCCCCCGAACACAUUCUAUGAAACACUUCUCUGUUGGUAUUGUGCGACAGAAAGUGGUUUGUCCUAUUGUAUUUACGGCCAUUUGCUUAAACAAAAUGUGGACUUCAUAAACAGGCUUCAUACACAUCGCUAUGCCUAGACACAGUUGUGAUUCCACAUUUGUGUAAUUAACUAAUAUGUUCUGUAUUAUCAGAACUCAAGAUGACAUGUCCUAAUUAGUUUCAAAUAGAAACAAAUUAAAGAAUAUUAAUUAAUAAAUUUGACGUGUAAAUAUUUGGUUGUUAUAUGAGAUAGCUUAAUACAGUCUCCAAGAAAUAUUAGGAAUGCAGCCGCAAAUAUAUAGCGAUACACCAUUUACUGUGGAAAUGCAUUUUAGGGUAAAUAUAUAUUGUGGAACACAGCAACUCAUUUGUAGGUCACAUAUAGGCUCACUAAUUUCAUUGUGUAAAGCACAUGUGGACACGAAAUUAGUAACGCCAGAAAUUUUGUUUAAGCAUACUGAAAAAAUGUGAUAUUCACAAAUGUAUAAUGUCACAUCUUGUUCGAGUAUAUGGCCGGUUGAACCGCACUGUAUAAUUUUAUAUUUAAGAUUCUAUUUGUAGUAUGUUAUUUUUAUAUAUAGAUUGAUAAUAACAAAUUCGACGUUAGAAUGAUAAAAUAUUACGUAUUUUAUUCUUCUCUUGUCUGUAAGUGACAUUCCUUUACCAUACAUUUGAAGAAUAAAAUUAUAUACUGUGAUUUAUGAGAAGAUUUCAGAAUUUAUUAUUACAAUUGGCCAAAGGCAUUAAACAGAAACUCACUUUUUUGUUUCAUUUUGUUCUGUCCAUAAAGUUAAUAACAUAGUAUUCUUAAAUAAUUCGUAUUUCAAACCGAUAACGUAGAGUUUAAGCCAGUAAUGAAAGGAUGUAAAGGAUUUCCUGUUUUUUUUUUCAAUGUACUUAACGAGAUUUGAAAGGAUUAUCGCAUUUCUAAUAAAAAUAAUUCAGUUUUUUUUCUCUCUUAUUGUGACUUAAUGUGUUUUCUAUACUUUACGUAUACUUAGAUACGUACAAAUGGUCAACCAAUGAUGUAAAAAUGCCGUCCAAAGAUCUGUACACAAUUGUCUAGGAAAAUAUAGUUUAAUACAUGACUAA